GCAGAAUCUCAAUCUCCGUUCUACAAACGCUUUCGCUGUUCAAUUUCGCCUGAUGCAAUGUCGGACGGCUUCAAGUUAGGCUCGUCGCCGCAAAGUCGAUGCCACCGGCCCUCGACCGGCUCCUCGCCAGCCCGUCUGCGUUGCGCGUCCUGAGAGCUAUCGUCGAGACCCCAAAUUUGCCCCUAGGAUACUUUAGGUCGACCAAUUGCUGUCUCCGGAUAGCUUCGAGAACGAGGAAUCAUUCUAGCAAUGCGGCUACAAACCUUGAGAGCCCCGACCAGGAGAUCGAGGACCCCCGCACAGAAACGGAGGUUAAAUCUAAUGCCAGGUUGUUAUCAAGACCGCGCCGAAUUCAGCUCAAGGCUGAUACCCCGGAAUACCGCCUGGACUUCGAAUACUGGGUACAGUUGUUACAAUUUCAGGAAAGGGCUCGCGGGCUUGAAGGGGUACGGGAAAUAUGGAACGGUAUGAGAACACGGGAGAUCGAUCUUCCUACCACAGGGUUCGCUGCUACGGUGCUCUGGGAAACAUUUGUCAAAAACUUUGACAUUGUCGAAGAAGUGAUCAACUACGCCUCAGAUUUGAAGAUGAGAACCGGGCUAGAGUACGAGGCGCUGUAUGCAAGUUGCAUUGGUCACUGGCUUCCGCGCAGAAAAACCGCGGCCUAUAAAUUUCACAAAUCCUUGAUCAGGAAAUUGGCUCCAAAUAAGAAAUCACUUCGUGAUGUCCUCCCCCGCUUUGCUAAGACGGCGAGGACGGGUCAUCUCGACACACUCAGAACGAUUUAUCUGGAAAACAGUGAACGAGACGUCUACGACACAUUUAUCCCGACGCUAUACCAGAGAGACAGAUCACGGGCCCAGGAAUGGCACAAUUUCUUGAUUAAGCACAACGAUAUCCCUUCUAGGUCUCUAGCUGGUAGUCCAAUGACUCCGGUACGGACUGUGGAUCGAGACGAGCUUGCAAUGCGUCCUGACAGUAUCAUUGAGAGUUUCUCGCCCAACCACUUGAGAGGCGCACAAUCCGAAAAACCAAAAUUCAACCGCGAGAUAAUGAGCAGGCUUCUUGGAGAAUCUCACCACGUGAAACCAAAGAAAGAGUUUGAUGAUUCAUUCUGUGCGCGUCUCUUCGCUACCAGGGCGUUCUCUCCAACUUCAGUCAUAAAAGGCCUCGGGAUGUUUGGCAUCGAGGCAAUUGGUCCACUCGCGUUGAGGGAAAUGGGUCUCCGGACACAUCCCUUGGAUGAGAUGCCCCGAAGGUUCAGAGAGCUCAAGGAAGCCGGUGUUACGAUUGGCAGAUCAGUCUUCUCUAAAGCCAUCGAGAAGUUUACCGUCGAGAAUAGAUUGGACUUGGUUCGAGACCUGCUAGAAAGCGAUCAACACCCGGACGUUCUUGAAGAUACCAAGGUCCAAGAAGAGCUCCUUUCUUUCUUCAUCUCGAAAGAAGACUGGAGACAAGUCCACCGCACCUUAGCCAUCCUCACCAUAUUUCACGCGGAUCCCAACGUCGAGUCCUGGAAUCUGAUGCUACGGGCUCACAGCAAAAGCACUAGCGGCACCGAGGUCAACCGCGUUCUCAAAGACAUGCAUGCCCAUGGCGUGGAAGUAACGCAUCUGUCCCUAAACCAUCUCCACGCAAACAUUCUCCGCCGACGUAACCCAUCCAAACGCCCAGUCUACCGCUACGGAGACCGCUUCGACGACCUGCGCUUUCUCGCUAAGAUCUGGCUCCGCAUCCUGCAAAACGGCGGCCAUAUAGAGCCAUGGCGAUGGCGCGAAAUCCUCCGCCGCUUCGGCAUGACAGGCCGUAUCAGGGAGCUUCAACGUCUUGUUCUUUGGCUCGCUGCUUGGUACUCUCCGCGAAAAGCCAGUCAGACCCUAUCAGCAUUUUCUAUGCCUGUGUCACCGGCGAAAUUACCCUCUCUUAUAGCUCCUGACGUCCCCCCUUCGCACCCAGCGCAUCCCUAUCAGAAACUCUUUCCCCCCUCUUUCCAAGAGGCCCUGGUAGAAUGGGGCUUCAAAAGUGGGCUGGCGCAUAAUUCUAAGCGCGAGCGCUCUCUUGCCCGCCGCAGAGGACUACACCUACCGGCGAAGAUCAAACCUGUCCGUUGGACGGACGGGCUCGAAAUUCUCGUCGAGCUCUGUGAACAAGGGGUCUUUGUUAAAGACAGCACGAUCAAGAAGGCGAUACAGACGCGUAUCGUAAUCUUGUAUGGGUCAGGUGUGUCGAAUCGUAAGGAGAAUCGGAUGGCGAGGAAGCGGAAUCCGUGGAUGUGGCAAGACAUGAUUAGGAGAGCGGAGGAGGUAUGGGGGAGAAGAUUGUUUCGCUGGCCCGGGAGAGAGGAGGAAGAGGAUGACAGUGGUGAGAGGAGCAAGAAAAAGAGAAAGAAGAAAAAGGAGAAGGGCAAUGAUGAAUCGUCCCGAGCAAGGGAGCGGCUGUUAAAAAGACAGCAGUCAGGCAUGAGAGAGCUGAGGGGCUUUUUGAGAAAGUAG